AUGGGAAACCUGUGGUUGGACUCUGCAUUGAAUUCAGAUCUCUGCCCUCUUCACAAGCUCAUUGUUCAACGCUUUCCCGAAGAUACAGUAAAGGCAUUCUUGCCAGCAUUCGUGUACUCAUUGAAGGUGUCUCCACUCAUAGAAAAAAUAAGUGAUCACAAGGAUUUUAAGAAGCUUCUCAGGACACGGAAUAACGUACUGGUGCUCUAUUCCAAAUCUGCCACUGCUGCUGAAAGCUCCCUCAGAUUACUGUCCAGUGUGGCCCAGGAGGUGAAAGGACGAGGUACUAUAAGCUGGAUAGACUGUGGCGAUACUGAAAGCCGAAAAUUAUGCAAGAAGAUGAAGGUAGAUCCUAAUUCAAAGGAGAAGGGAGUGGAUUUACUCCAUUAUAAGGACGGUGCAUUUCAUACUGCAUAUAACAGAGCGGUCACGUUGAAGUCCAUAGUGGCCUUUCUCAAGGAUCCAGAAGGUGCUCCACUGUGGGAGGAAGAUCCUGAAGCCAAAGAUAUUGUGCAUGUUGACAGUGAAAAGGAAUUGAGAAGGCUUCUGAAGAAGGAAGACAAACCCCUACUGAUGAUGUUCUAUGCCCCAUGGUGUGGUGUUUGUAAGAGAAUGAUGCCAUCUUAUCAGCAGGCAGCCACAGAACUCAAGGGUAAAUAUGUCCUUGCGGGGAUGAAUGUUUACUCUGCUGAAUUUGAAAGGAUAAAGGAAGAAUUCAAUGUCCGGGGAUAUCCUACAAUCUGCUAUUUUGAGAAAGGAAAGUUCCUGUUCAACUUUGAGAACUUUGGUGCUACCGCAGCAGAUAUCGCAGAGUGGCUGAAACACCCACAGGCACCUCAGCCACAGGCUCCAGAGACUCCCUGGGCAGAUGAAGAAAAUGUAGUUUAUCACCUGACUGAUGAGGACUUCGACAAGUUUAUAAAAGAUCAUUCAUCUGUGCUAGUGAUGUUCCAUGCACCAUGGUGUGGGCACUGUAAGAAAAUGAAGCCAGAAUAUGAGAAGGCUGCAGAGUUUCUCCAUGUAACCAGUGAUAGUCCGGGUGUCCUUGCAGCAGUCGAUGCUACUGUCAACAAGGCUCUGGCAGAAAGAUACCAUAUCUCAGGGUUUCCUACUUUGAAGUAUUUUAAGGAUGGAGAGGAGAAAUACACUCUGCCACACCUCAGAACAAAGAAGAAGAUCAUUGACUGGUUGCAAAAUCCUGAAGCACCACCUCCACCUGAGCCUGCAUGGGAAGAAAAACAGACCAGUGUUAUCCACCUGGCUGGAGAAGACUUCAGGGAGUCAUUGAAGAAGAAGAAGCACACCCUUGUCAUGUUCUAUGCACCAUGGUGUCCUCACUGUAAAAAUGCCAUUCCACAUUUCACAACUGCUGCUGAAGUCUUCAAAGAAGAUCGCAAGAUUGCCUACGCUGCAGUGGACUGUGCCAAAGGACAGAAUCAUGACCUGUGUAAGCAGGAGGGGGUCGAUGGCUACCCCACCUUCAACUAUUACAACUACGGGAAAUUUGUGGAAAAAUAUACUGGAGAUCGGGGGGAGUCUGGAUUCACCACUUUCAUGCGAACCCUGAGAGAAAGAGAUCAUGAAAGAGUAGGAAAGAAGAAGGAUGAAUUGUAGUUUCUGCCUCAAAAGGAGCUUUCCGCUGCACUGUGAAUGGUUCCAGGUCUUUUGUUGAUGCACCUGAGACUUCACAUAUUCUCAAGACAGAGACUUUUUUUUUUAUAAACAGCCAUGGCCAUUUUGUACAAUUUUGAAAUAAAGUGAAACCACUUGAUUUUUAAAAGGAAAAUAAAUUAGAAUGUUGCCAUAAUGUUUUAAAGAAAACUUAGCAUUUUCUCUCAUGUUGGGAGACUAUGCCCACUGACACUCCUAUGCAAUAUUUUUGUAGUCUGUAGUGUGUCUGUAGGUGAUGUUGUUUGUUAGGGUGAAAUUUUUGUUCCGGUAUUGCAGUACAUGUAUAAAACAAAGGGGAGGGGACACGGUUUGGUUUGGGUUUGUUUUGUUAUGUUGUGUUUAAAUCAGCGCAGGAAAAUGGGAUUUAUAAGACACAGAUUUAUUCAAAUGAAGUUUUUCAUUCUUGUGAAAUAGUUAUGUGUUCUUGACUGAGAUUUGGGGGCAACAAUUUUAAGGUGCUCAGGGAUAAAUAAGGUAUCUGAGUUAAUGAAGACAUUAACAUUGACCAGUCCAGAUCUGUUAAUUUAAUUUAAAACUCUCUGGUCCUUAAAUCAGAACUGUUUACAUACCUUUAUAAAAUGUAUUGAGUGAAUUAAGCCCCACAUUAAAAAUCAGCAGAGCAUGGGUUCAA